CCCUGAGGAGCCGGCAGCCUGCCAGGAGGUGAAUGGGCUGGGGGUGGGCGAGGGGGGGUUGCCAUCCAGGUGUCAUUUCGCCGGGAGCCUGCACAGAAGCUGGGGCGUCCGCAUCCCGGAUCCACGAUGCCGGAGCAGAGCAACGACUACCGCGUGGUGGUGUUCGGGGCGGGGGGCGUGGGCAAGAGCUCCCUGGUGCUGCGCUUCGUGAAGGGCACCUUCCGCGACACCUACAUCCCCACCAUCGAGGACACCUACCGGCAGGUCAUCAGCUGCGACAAGAGCGUGUGCACGCUGCAGAUCACCGACACCACCGGCAGCCACCAGUUCCCGGCCAUGCAGCGCCUGUCCAUCUCCAAGGGGCAUGCCUUCAUCCUGGUCUUCUCCGUCACCAGCAAGCAGUCGCUGGAGGAGCUGAAGCCCAUCUACCAGCAGAUCCUGCAGAUCAAGGGCAGCGUGGAGAGCAUCCCCAUCAUGCUGGUGGGCAACAAGUGCGAUGAGACGCAGCGGGAGGUGGAGACCAAGGAGGGCGAGGCGGUCGCCAAGGAGUGGAAGUGCGCCUUCAUGGAGACCUCGGCCAAGAUGAACUACAAUGUCAAGGAGCUCUUCCAGGAGCUGCUCAACCUGGAGAAGAAGAGGAACAUGAGCCUCACCAUCGACGGCAAGCGCUCCAACAAGCAGAAGAGGACAGACAAAAUCAAGGGGAAGUGCAGCCUCAUGUGACGGACCCUCCGUGCCCGCGGCCUCCUCUCCUCCACGCCUCCCUCCUCCCCGUCUCCCUCCGAACGUCGGCCCCGAAGCUCCGGGCAGCGCUGCCCUGUGCCCCCCCGCCCUGCCCGCCUCUCUGCAUCGUAUCACUGUGACUGCGCCGAGGAAGCCGCCGUGCCCACGGGACCUGGCCCUCGCCUUCUCCUCUCCGGCCCCGCGGCGCCCGGCCCGGCGGCGUGUUCUUGGCAAUAGCAGGGCAGGGACCAGGCUGCGUCCAGUUUGCUCCUAGCAGCGAGUUGAGGAGACGCCUCCGCUGGGGAAGUCCUGAGAACUGUUGUGUGUGCAGACGCUGCCCGGCUCCAGCAUGGAUGCUCCCUGGCACGCGUGCGAGUCCCGUGUCCUGGCAUGAAGCACGCGGAGGACGCUGCCAGCUUCUUGGACUCUCACCCGGGCACAGCAGGGUCCCUACCUGCCAUUGCAAACCAAACCCCGUGAAGGAGGGGGCAAGCGCUGCUCUCUCACCCGUGUCCUGGCCGCCCCUCUGCUGUGCCGUCCCCGAGCACCGCUCCGCUCUACACCUGCUUUCUUGUCUCUGAGGACUGGCAGUGAGCUCUGACCGCCCGGGGCGGGACCCUGCCCGCAGCACAAUGCCCAGGUCCCCGCGGCCCUGCCGGGGCUGGGGCCACACUCAGGUCGUAUGCACAAGAGACCAGAGACUCUCGUCCGUGCCGGAGCUGAUGCCGAGCUCUGCGGGGACUCCCGGUGCGCUGGGGCACGAAGGGCAGGGGACACCUGCCGCACAUUGGGCGAGGGUUGGGAGGCAAAGGGGAGAGCACGGGAGCAGAGCGGGCAAGGUGGCAGAUGGCGGGGGGCUGUGGGCAUGCUGGAGGGAGGAAGAGGGCAGCGGAGGCUGGAGUAGGCCCUGAGAUGGCAGCAGGAAGGGUGCUCAGUCCCGGGGAAGGGGGUGCUGGAUGCUGUGUCCAGCCAGCUGUUUCUUCCUGCUGGGGAAGGCUUUGCGGCUUCCAGGGGGGAGCUGCAGCCAGGCAGGGGCUGGUGGGAUGGGACCAGGCCUCUGUGAGGGGGUGGGCAGUUGGGGCUUUGCAGGGGGGCAUUGGUACGCACUCCCCCUAAGCAGGCCCUGGCACGGCCUGGGUGCAGAGGGUGCAUCCAUGGGCCAGCAGGCGGCUUGGAGGGCGAUGGGGAAGAUGAGCAUGCAUGCCUGCGUGCCAGGGGCUGCCCAUACACCCUGCAUGUACGACUGCCCCGUGCUGGCACUAGCAUGCGCGUGGCACGUUCCUGGUCCGAUCACUGCCCGGUUUGCACACCCAGUCCCUUCUGUGCAGGUCUCAUGCGUGUGCUUUCAGACCCAGGCUAGGUCCUGAGAGGGACGAGUCUGCUGGCAGGGUGCACGCUGGCCUCGGGGGCAGCCCUGGGCACCUGCACGGGGGGGAGCACGUUCCCCUCUGCACCCCCAGCACCCAGCCCUGCAUCCCCCAGUCCGCAGGCCUGCUCCCCGGCCAGGGACGCAUCCCUGCGGGACCCCGUCUAGCCCAGCCCCACCCACAGCAGUGAGGUCCCGGCCUGGCAGCACCCCCAGCUCUGCACCCAGACCCCCCCAGCCUGAGCCCCUCUGCUGAGCAGAGCCUGCCCCUUGCACCCCCGCCCCGCCCCGCUCCUUAACCCCGUGCAGCCCAGGAGCUGCCAGCCAAAGCACAACGCAGUGGGUUCUGCCAGAGCCCCAUCCUAGCACAAUGCGGGUGAGCAUGCACGGGGCACCCUGAGCUGGUCCCACAGGGCGGGGGGAGAAAGCCAGGCCAAAUGCAUGCCCUGCCCUGCAUCCCGGUCGGGUCUCGAACUGGCCCUGACACCCUGCCCCUCUGCUCUGCCCAUGGCCCGGCCCUGCUGUGACGGAGGCCCUCGGUCUCCAGGUUGCCCGAGCCGCCCUGGAUGUAGGGGCUCGAGCUGUGGCUCCCUGGAGCCGGGCCAGCCCGGCCAGGUUCAGGGUUUGAGGGAGGCGCCUGCUUGCUUUGCCCCAUGUCCCGGGCCCAGAGCGGGGCUACAAACCUGCCCCAGGCACCCGCUACAGAGCCUGAACCCCCCACAGGGGGAAGAUCCGCAGUGGGAGCAGUGCUGGAGGGUCACCCUGGGGGGCAGGUUGCCAGCCCUACCCCUUCGCACCCGCUGGGGGAUUUGGCCCGUGGAGAAGCAAUGCCCAGGCCUCAGGACCCGGCAUUGACCUGUCUCACCUGGGCUGCCCCUCCACCCACACGGGGCCAGGGAGGGAGCCAGCCGCCGAGGGCAAAGAAAGGGGUUCACCCCCCAACCCAGCUGAACCCAGCCCAGUCUGUGUCCUGGGGGCCAAGGGGCUGGGAUCGCCUCUGCCCCAUGCCAGGCUGGUCCCGUGAGCCACCCCCAGCCCCUCCGAGAGGCCAAGUCCAGGGUCCAGGCAGGGACUUGGAGGAUGCACUGACCCCCCCAGGCCCGGCCCCAGCCCCAGCCCCAGCCCCGCGGCUCUGUUUACAAGUGUACAUUGCCCCAACCGACGGCCGCGAGCCCCCUCGAUCCUGCCCGCUCCGACACCGACGUCCCGACUAUCGUAUGGUGCUUCGAACCUCCCCCGUCGUCCCCUGCCUCGUCCCCCCCGGUCCCACGGACUCCUCGGACGCCAGCAUGAGACCAGGAACCAGCUCCCGUGCAUCACUGGCUUUUUAACACGAUCCGGGCAGGAGCCAGCGACAUGACGAUGUAGCCUUUACUCUAGAAAUAGUCUUCCUUCAAUAAACUAACGGCUCCUGCUCCCCGCCGGCUCCGCGUGCUC